ACAUGGCUGUCUUAGUUGGUACAGAGCUUGAAUAUGUUAUAUAUAUACACUCAAUAGAAUGAGAAGAGCCAACUGAAACUUGAUCUCCUCACUCUCACUCUGUCCAUGGAGAUUUUCGUACCAGUAUGUUUGCUAUCUCUUUUCUAUGUUUUCUUCUACAUUUGGAAGUUGAUUCUGCAAAGGAGAGGGCAGUGCUGCUACUUGUUAGGGUAUGAAUGCUAUAAAGCUAGUGAAGACAGGAAGCUGGGGAUAGAAUCCUGUAUAAAUAUUAUCUUGAGGAACAAUAACCUGGGGCUUGAAGAAUACAGAUACCUACUCAAAAGCAUAGUCAAUUCGGGAUUAGGUGGAGAAACAUAUGGCCCAAGAAACGUAAUUGCAGGCACAGAAGAAAACCCUUCUCUAUCAGAAGCUAUUUCGGAGAUGGAUGAUGUAUUUUCAAGUAUACUUGACAAGCUCUUCGCUAAGACGGGUGUUUCACCAUCUGACAUAGAUAUACUUGUUGUGAAUGUGUCUUUGUUCUCACCAGCACCCUCGUUGACUGCUCGAAUAAUAAACCGUUACAAGAUGAAGGAAGACAUCAAGGCCUUCAACCUCUCUGGGAUGGGUUGCAGUGCAAGUAUUGUUGCUAUUGAUCUUGUGAAACACUUGUUCAAGACAAACAGGAAUGCUUAUGCUGUUGUUGUUAGUACAGAAUCUAUAGGGCCAAAUUGGUAUAGUGGAAAGGAACAGCCUAUGAUGCUCACGAACUGUUUGUACCGUUCGGGAGGUUGUUCAAUGCUCUUGACAAACAAUGCAGCUCUGAAGCACUCUGCUUUGCUUAAACUUAAAUGCAUUCUUCGAACGCAUCUGGGAUCAAGCAAUGAAGCAUAUGGAUGUUCCAUUCAAGUUGAAGACGACCAUGGUCACCGAGGUUUUCGUCUUACCAAACACAUAAAAGCUGUUGCAACUCAAGCUCUCACCUUCAACCUUCAAAGUCUACUGCCUAGAAUUUUACCAUUAAGGGAACUAAUUCGCUAUGCCAUCCUAACUCAUCCACUUUACAAACUUGUCGACAGAAACAUAGAAGCAAAGAAAGUACGUUUGAAUCUGAAGACUGGAGUCGACCACUUUGGGAUACCACCAACUGAAAGGGCAGUCAUCGAUGGACUCGGUAAGAGCUUAGGCCUGAGUGAUUAUGACCUAGAACCUGCAAGAAUGGCACUCCAUAGAUUUGGAAACACAUCUACAGGUGGCCUUUGGUAUGUUUUGGGCUACAUGGAAGCCAAAAAAAGGCUUAAAAAGGGUGACAAGGUUCUGAUGAUAAGCUUUGGAGCAGGCUAUGAAUGCAACAGCUGUGUUUGGGAGGUAAUGAGCAACUUAAAAGAUGACAAUGUCUGGAAAGACUGUAUCCUUAGCUACCCUACAAAAAACACCAAGCAUCCGCUUGCAGAGAAGUGCAGUUGGCUCAACGAUGAGCGUCUAUCUUUCGUUAAGUUCGACGACGUAAAACAAACUCUACAGCAACAAAUUCUUUGAAAAAAAGGUCUGUUUUCUUUUUUUCCUGUUUCUCUGGUUCAGCUUUGGGAGGGGAGGUAGUGUAACUUUACUUCUUGCUUUGCAUGUAAAAGAUUGGUUGUUCUUGUUGCUUCUCUAUUUUCUUUAGUGAUUACCUAGAUCUUCCAUCAUGUUCAACAUCUCAUUUUGAGAAACCACAAAUAUAACAUAUUUAAAUUCUGCUCCAUUUCGAUUCAA